AUGUCACCCACACCCCAGAGGAAAAACCUCUUCCUCUGUCUCGACGCCUUCGGCACCCUCUUCACACCCACGAAACCCAUCCCAAUAACUUACGCCGAAGCCGCCCUCAAGCACGGCAUCGCCAUAAACACGCCCGAGCCCGCCACCCAAGUAUCCUCAUCCUUCAAAUCCGCAUUCAAACACCUAUCAUCAAAACACCCAAACUAUGGCCGGGCAACAGGCAUGGGUGCGGAAAAAUGGUGGGCCAAAGUAAUAAAAGAAACCUUCACGCCAUUCCUGGCUGCAAACCAAACUUUCCCAAAGCACCUCGUCCCAGAACUGCUUCACACCUACUCGUCACGGAAGGGGUACACACUGUACCCCGACGUCCUCCCCUUCUUCCGCAUGAUACGGCAUAUGAAAGCACACCGGAGACUUCGGGGCGCUGCCCAUGGACUCUGGCCCUGGGACAAAACUAUAGUAGGCGUUAUAACGAAUUCAGAUGACCGCGUCCCGAGGAUAUUGUCGUCCCUCGGUGUCAAUAUUGGUCCCUGGCAUUACCCUGUUAUAAGAGCCUCCCGCCCCAAGGAUAGAGAGUAUGACAUCGAUUUCACGGUCCUGUCUUACGACGUCGGAGCCGAGAAACCGGAUCGACAGAUCUUUGCUGCGGCGGAGGAGAUGCUUGAGCACAAGUUAAAGGCCGCUUCGAUGGACAGUGGCAAAGAUAUCAGAGCAGAGGAUUUUGAGAAGAUCUACGUAGGCGACGACCUCCACAAAGAUGUGUUCGGCGCUCAAGACGCAGGCUGGUCGAGCGUAUUGCUAGAGAGAGAUGCAGGGCAGAAGAAGGGUCGAUCACGGAGCCCGAAGUAA